CUAGUACGUACUCUACCGGUCCAGACCUUCCACUCGAGUUGCCUAGAAUACUUGACAGAAUCGGCCCUUCCGAUUGUAAGCAGCCCUCGCCUUCUCCACUUACAUGAACCAUCACAUGGCCACCACCUUCGUCGUGUAGAGGGUUCGGGGGAGACGGAGGAACAUAGGUAGUAGAACCGUGUCGACGGAACAAGAGGUAGAUGGCAUGGUAAGAGAAGACGGUGUGCUUUCGCAGAUUUGAAUAUAUCGACUGGCCUCGGCGCGCCCACAGCAGCACCAGGGACAUAAUCACAUAGUACCUGCGCGCCUCAAUCGUGGUCGCCAUCGCCGGCCACUUCGUUGCUUGGAGGUGUACCUGAACCAAGAAGCGACCGUCCAUUCGAGUACGUAAGUCUAGUGCAGUGCAGCGCUUCCUCUACCCUUAUACCAUGGAAGUGCCACAUUGACUGAGGAUGGGUGGCCAUGUGCGACCAACAAACAGGCCAUUCAUUGCCAUUGCCUUCAAAAGAGCAAACACACACACACUCAUGUCCAACAUCACUGGUGCGCAUUUAGUUGAGUGAUUUCAAACAAACCGUCCGCGCGUGUCAACGUCCCGACUCGAUCCCAACGAGAUUCCGAGAUUCCUCUCUUCAGCUAUUGCCGAUUCACGACCCGACCUAGACCUAAACCUAGUCGUCAUCGCUGUCGCACCGCGCGACUCGCAAAAUUGCCCCUCGUUCUUCCCCAAUCCUACAGUUACUCGCCAUGACCACGCCUCCGAACGAAUACCAGGACUUUUGCAUGGCCAUGUCGCUACAAUGAAAUUCGGUCACUCGUUCAAGGAGGCCCUGCAAGGCCAGAGCUACCCUCAGCAUUGGGUAGACAAAGCCAUUCCGUACGGUCAGCUCAAGAAGCUCCUGGGCAAGGUGCGAGAAGAACUUACUCGCAACGGCUAUGACCCCGAUACUCUUCACAGGCUCUUGGCCGACCACAACGCAGAGUACAGGCUAAGGGUAGAGAAUUCCCACAUCCUCCGCCCCAAACUGGUGGUCCGCCCCUCGGCCAGUACCAUUUGUCUACGAUCCGAUACGGUUCCGAAGCUCCUCACGGGAGGAGAGCUUAGCACGUCCGCCAGCGCACCUCUCAACUCGUCGUCUGUACUACUGGAAAAUCCCACCUCGUCACCCCCGAGUCUGGCGCAAGCCCAGGAUGCUGGAUGGGUUGAUAUUCCUCUGGACUCGGACGCAAAGUUCUUCAACAUCCUACAAACAGAUGUGGUUGAGCUAGACUCGCUGCAAACCCAAGAGCGUCAAUCUAUGAAUGACGGCAUACAGCUGCUUGGUGAUGAGAUUGCACGUCUGGCUCGGCCCCGCAAGGGAGUCAUUCAUAUAGCAAAAUCUGACCUCUACCGUUGGCGUGAGAUUUUUGAACUCUACUUGGCCGCCCAGGUAUUCUUCUCGACUGCCGAGACAGCCACGGGUCCGCGUGAUAGUGAGAAGGCGCGGAAGCAGCUUGUUUGGUUCCAGGAUGAGGUCAACAAACGACAGCUUUUACAAAAAUUCAAACUCAAGGCUAGCGCGGAAGCUUACACACAUUUCCUCGAACUCAACGCAACCCUCCUGAAAAAUUUCAAGUUCCAAGAGCUUAACCGAACAGCGGUUACCAAAAUCAUCAAGAAAUUCGAUAAACAGACGUCAUUGGGUGUGAAGGCAGAGUUUCCAAAAGUCAUGAGCUCUGCCCCCUUCAUCGUUGGGAGUAUUGCCAAAGACAUCUGCUCACAGAUGGCUUGCGAAGUGCUCAGCCGUGUUCCCCAAAUUGUGGAUUACACAUGCACAAUCUGUUACUCGAUCUGCUGGCUCCCCGUGCGACUGGACUGUGACCACAUGUUUUGCAUCCGGUGCAUGAUCAAGAUGCAAACCCGGGAAAAAGAGCUGUGCCCCCUCUGUCGGGCCAAAACCGUGCUAUCUGCGACUGAAGCCCACAUCGACUGGAAAUUGAUGUCCUAUAUGGAGAAGUGGUUUCCUAAGGAAACAAAAGAAAAACAGCGUUAUAACGAACUAGAGAGACGCAGGGAAUUGUUGGGCGAGGCUUACGUUGAUACAAACGAUGGGCCAUGCAUCGUGAUGUAGACGGUGUACCUUAUCUGCUUGGCUGGCUAUCUUGCCUUUAUGGGAUACGCCUUAUCAUCGAAUCUCAAUCAUGUUGAAAUUCGUUCGAGUUGGGCCAUUCUGUGUUUCUACUUUACUAUUGAUGAUGAUUUGGACGUGAUACGCGUGGGAACUUGGUCGGCCAGUCAGCGCUUCACACAAAGCAAGUCAAUUCAAAUCUGGGGUAUAAUUUGAAUUAUUUUGGGAUAUCUUGAAGUCAGGUUUGCGUUGUUGGGGGUGUAAUUGAAUUGAAUUACGUGUCUUUGCUUCGGAUUAUCAUCUUUUCCAGCCACAUAAACUGGGUAAAAUAAUACCAAGAUUCCUC